CGCCGCCUUUCUUGCCGCAGGUGCCCUCUAGACGCCCCUCCGCGACUGUCGCCUUCCGCCCCUAUGCUAUGCCGCACACCCAGUCUAGAAAGGCUUGUCUAGCAGCCGAAGAGCCUGGCGCGGUCCUGAUUGGGAGGGCUCGGUGUGGAAGAGAUGAAUCGGACAAAGGUUGAUGAGGAGGAAUAUUGGAACAGCUCCAAGUUCAAGGCUUUCACCUUUGAUGAUGAAGAUGAUGAGCUCUCUCAGUUAAAGGAAUCCAAGCGGGCAGUGAAUAGCCUUCGAGACUUCGUGGAUGAUGACGACGACGAUGACCUGGAGAGAGUCAGCUGGACUGGGGAACCUGUGGGAAGUAUCUCAUGGUCCAUCAAAGAGACUGCUGGUAACAGUGGGUUAAACCACGAGGGGCGUGAACAGCUAAAGAGCCGGAACAGCUUUUCCUCCUAUGCGCAGCUACCCAAACCUACUUCUACCUAUUCCCUGAGCAACUUUUUUAGAGGGAGAACUAGACUUGGAAGUUUCCAGUCCCUUUCUGAUGCUCUUUCGGACACACCUGCCAAAAGCUAUGCUCCAGAGCUGGGGAGACCCAAGGGGGAGUUUAGGGACUACAGCAAUGACUGGAGCCCCAGCGACACGGUGCGACGCCUUCGGAAGGGCAAGGUCUGCUCACUAGAAAGAUUCCGCUCCUUACAGGACAAGCUACAACUCUUAGAGGAAGCAGUUAGCAUGCAUGAUGGAAACGUCAUUACUGCUGUUCUGAUAUUCCUGAAGAGGACACUGAGCAAAGAGGUCCUCUUCCGAGAGCUGGAGGUGCGACAGGUUGCCCUGAGACAUCUCAUUCACUUCCUUAAGGAAAUAGGGGAUCAAAAGCUGCUUUUAGAUCUCUUCAGGUUCCUAGAUAGGACAGAAGAGUUUGCGCUGUCCCAUUAUCGAGAGCAUUUGAGCAUUCAGGACCCUGAGAAACGGAAAGAAUUUCUUAAGACCUGCAUUGGUUUGCCAUUUUCAGUGGAAGAUUCUGCACACAUACAAGACCAUUACACGCUCCUGGAACGUCAGAUCAUUAUUGAGGCAAAUGACCGCCAUCUAGAAGCAGCAGGACAGACUGAGAUCUUCCGGAAGCACCCCCGCAAAGCUUCCAUCCUCAAUAUGCCACUAGUGACGACACUCUUCUAUUCCUGCUUCUACCACUACACGGAGCCCGAGGGGACAUUCAGCAGUCCAGUCAACCUGAAGAAGACAUUUAAGAUCCCAGAUAAACAAUAUGUGCUGACUGCCUUAGCCGCCCGCGCCAAGCUCCGUGCCUGGCAUGAUGUAGAUGCUCUCUUUACCACAAAGAACUGGCUGGGCUACACCAAGAAGAGAGCACCUAUUGGCUUCCAUCGGGUUGUGGAAAUUCUGCACAAGAACAGUGCCCCCGUCCAGAUAUUACAGGAGUAUGUCAAUCUAGUGGAAGAUGUGGACACAAAGUUGAACUUAGCUACCAAGUUCAAGUGCCACGAUGUCGUCAUUGAUACUUGCCGGGACCUGAAGGACCGUCAGCAGUUGCUAGCGUACAGGAGUAAGGUGGACAAAGGAUCUGCAGAGGAGGAGAAGAUCGAUGCCAUUCUCAGCAGCACGCAAAUUCGGUGGAAGAAUUAAGUGGCAUCAGCUACCCUGAGACCUGCCUCGUUUCUUCCUUUCCUGCCUUUGAAAAGAGUGUACUCUCUUUUUUUUUUGUUUUGUUAAUCCUCACCUGAGGAUAUUUGCCAUUGAUUUUUAGAGAGAGUGGAAGGAGGGGGAGAGACAGAGAGAGAAACAACGAUGUGAGAGAGACACGUUGUUUGGUUGCCUCCUGCACUUGCCCGACCGGGGCUUGGGAUCUGGCCUGCAACCAAAAUACGUGCCCUUGACUGGAAUUGAACCCAGGACUCUUCAGUCUGAAGCUGACAGAGCGCGCACUCUCCUUUGGGAGAGUUACAGCAGCACAUCGCUUGGGCCUGUCAUUAACAGGUGACACCUGCUACUCUUGGGACAGAAACUGGUGCCUGAGCACUGAUCUUCUGUCCAAGGGCCAUUGUCUGAGGGCCAAGAUCUAAAGCUUCGACUCAUGGGAAAGAUUCCCUCCACCUGGUGCUCACGUGAAAGUGGAGUCAUUUCUAGACUGGGCCCGUUUGGGGCAAGAUCUCUCUUGGUCUGAGGAAAGUGACUGCUCUGCUAAAGAAGUCUCCUAGACUAGGAGGUGCAGCUAUCAUAGAGU